CUCAAGCACAGCGCCAAGAGCAGCGCGCUCGAGCAGCAGCGCGACCUCGAGAGCUGCGCCACGCGAGCGCAGUACUUGGAGGCGUUGGAGGCGGCAAAGAUCGGAGGUGACCCCUCGAUGCCGAGCCACCAGGAGGGGACGAAUCGAGAAGAGGAAAUUAAUGAUAGACUCAUCGCCGACUAUUUGCUUCGGCAAGGGUUCCUGGAAAGCGCCAAGAUUGUGGAAGAUACCAAAGACGUCGGCCAUUUGGUGGAUCAUGAGCUGCACGUGGAAUGCCAAGCUGUGCUGAAGAACCUUCGGGCGCACCAAACGGCCAAGGCGAUCUCGUGGUGCUCGCAGAAUGGCUCGCGGCUUCGACGACUGCAGUCUCAGCUGGAAUUCCACCUUCGGCUGCAGGAUUUCGUUGAGUUUGUGCGCGCGCGCAAGCCGCUAGAGGCUGUUCAGUACGCGCGCACGUACUUGACGCCGCUAGCUAUGCAGCCGGAAAAGCAGGAUCUUCGUGAUACUGCAAUAGGCGAGGUUCAGAUUGCCAUGGCUACGUUGGCGUUUGAGUCACCGGAAAAGUGCGGCAUUGAGGCGUAUGAAAAGGUGUUUUCGAUGGAUCGGUGGCUCGCACUGGAAGAGAUGUUCCUCAAGACUUUCAACGACGUCUACGGGAUGCACGACCCGCCGUCACUCUGUAUCGCGCUCCACGCUGGACUGUCCACGCUGAAUACACGAGCGUGCCAUCUCACACGAGACGCUAAUCUGAAGGCGAAGCUUGCUCGCAGUGGAACCCGAGGCAAACGGCCGCGUCGAGAAGGUGACGAAAGUACUGGUGCAGGCGCUGAUGACGACGAAGACAGCGGCAACGAAAGCGAUGAGAUGUGGUUCAAGCCAAGCAGCAAUGAAGAUGGCGCCGACAGAUCCAGCCAACGGAACACCAAUUGUGCCGGUGGCAAGAGGCGAAAGCACAGCCACACCGACUCAACGGUACCAAUUUGUCCUGCAUGCAGCGAGGUCGGCAGCCAAUUGUGCUCAGGUCUUCCGUUUGCGUACCAUCCACACUCGCGACUGGUCUGCCGCGUAACACAGAGCGUCAUGGACGAGCACAACCCGCCCCUGGUACUCCCGAAUGGCCGUGUGUAUAGCAAGCGAGGCAUCGAGCUCCUCACACAAGGCAGCACCGACGGCAUGAUCAAAUGCGUGGACACCCACGACGUGUUCUCACCAACCGACGUCAAGCCUGUCUACAUUCUUUAGGACCAGCUCCAGAUACAGCGGGCGUGUACUGUAUACUCGUUCAUGUGACUAAUACACUCGUGAAGC